AUGGCAGCUACUUCUCUCACGCUCGUCACCGCGCUGCAGCGGCGGGCCGGCGACGGCGCCAGGUACGUCACCGACGACGAGGAGGAAGCCAGGAGGAUUGUGGAACAGCCCUACAACCCGUACAGAAACGGCAAGAACACCAACGACCCGUUUGACAGCCCCGAUUACACGGAGAAGGAAAAGUGGUGGACGGUAACGGGCACCCGGAUCGGAAGGUCCGUCGACGUCAACCUCGAAGGGUCAGGGCCUAAUGCAGAUGUCCACUAG